AGAAUAUAAAUAAAAAUACAGUAUGAGUGUUGCUGUGAAAAUAAAAAAAUAAGCAUUCGUAAGUGAGAUAUAUGAUGACGUAAUUAUUAUCCUAAAGUCUUCAAACGACCUUAAAGUUUCAUCCAGUCGUGUUCUUUCAGCUUUGAAGGCUGUAAGAAAUGAAGCUGUUUAUCGUGUCGUCGUUGGCCAUUUGGCUUUUGUUAGCACAUUUAAAUAAUGAAGUUAGUGCAGUAGAUCCUCAUGAGCAUAAUAAAGUGGUUUGCUAUUGGAAUUCAACUUCCUUUGAACGUCAAGGACCUGGAAAGUUUAUUGUCGAAGACCUUCGACCAGCACUGUCAUUAUGUACACAUUUAAUCUAUGGAUUCGCUGGAAUCGAUGCUAAUUCAUUUGAUGUUGUUCCAUUGAAUCCAAAUUUAGACACUGGCGCUGGAUAUGCUUUUUACAGAUUGGUAACGCAAAUGAAGAGGAACUUCCCCGAUCUUAAAGUUUAUCUUGGAAUUGGUGGUAAUGCUGAUCCAUAUGAGGAAACUCAUAAAUAUUUAACGCUCACUGAAACAUCAGAGGCGAGGACAAAAUUCAUCAAUUCAGUUGGUCGUCUAUUGUCUGAUUAUGAAUUCGAUGGAGUCGAUUUGGAAUGGCAAUUCCCCGAAGUUAAAGUAAAGAAGGAACGCGGUACUUUUGGUUCAUUUUGGCAUAAAGUGAAGAAAACAUUUGGUUAUGGAAAAUUCAAGGACGAAAAAGAAGAGGAACAUCGUAAUGGUUUCACCGCUCUUGUUCGCGAUUUGAAAAAUCAACUUCGAGCUAGAAACAAGGCUCUUACUUUAACUGUCUUACCUCAUGUUAACUCGAGUGUUUAUUACGACGUGAGACUUUUGGCACCGAAUUUAGACGCCGUUCAUCUUAUGACCUUUGAUCAAAAAACUCCAGAACGUAAUCCAAAGGAAGCCGAUUUUCCGGCUCCACUUUACGAAAGUUAUGGCCGAGUUACGGAUGAUAAUGUCGACUAUCAAACGAGAGCUUGGUUGGAAAAUGGAAUGCCCGGAAGUAAAAUUGUAAUUGGAAUCCCGACGUUUGGACGCACGUGGAAAUUGACAAAGGAGAGUGAAGUGUCUGGUGUGCCGCCACUUCAUGCCGAGGGUCCUGGCACUGAGGGUCCUCACAGUCACAUACCUGGUGUUCUUGGUUACGCGGAAAUUUGUUCAAGAAUAUUGGAGAGUGCCGUCGAUCGACUGAGGAGAGUUGGCGAUCCAUCGAAAAAAUAUGGAAGCUACGCCUAUAAAAAAUAUAACGAUCAAACGAGCGAGGAGGGAAUUUGGGUUGGCUACGAGGACGUUGAUACCGCUGGAAAUAAAGCACUUUACGCUAAAGCCAAAGGACUUGGCGGUGUUGCGAUUUUUGAAUUGUCCUUGGACGACUUCCGUGGUAUUUGCAAUGGUGAUAAAUUCCCCAUUGUCAGGGCGGCGAAAUUCAAAUUGUAGAGAGUGAUAUAAAAAAAAAAUGCCUCGAACAAAAAAUAAGAAAGAAGAAAGGAGAGAAAUUUAUUAUUUUUAUAUGGAAAUUUAAAAAUUUUUUUAUUGUAAAAUAAACGAGAAUUUUUAUUAUUUA